AUUUCUUCUUUUCUGCUUUUUUUUUUAGUUUUGAUUCAUUUCAGACACUGCCCAUUUUCAAUCACAUUAUGCAUCUUUAUCUUCUUUUCUGACUAUUUCAUUCAUAUUAUUGUCAACAAAAUAAUAUCUGGGUUACACUAUUACAUCUCUCAAGCAAAGAAGAAACUGGUAUUAAAUCCAAUCUGGGAUCCUUCUUGGUAGAGAUAAAAUAUAAUAUAUAUAGAUGUUUUACGUGCUUAGAUCGUGAGGACAUGACUGAGCAGUGAUGCCUUUAUUUGGAGAUGGAAUUUUGGUUUAUUUUUCGGCUUAGUAAUCGUAAAUGGAUGAUAAAAACAACAAGGUCAACACCUUACAUAUCAAAGAUGUACCAAUGGUCAAGGUUCACUCUCCCAAUCAGGAGUUUCUACAGGAAGGAUCCUUUGUUCAGUUUGAAGAUCAGAGCCUAGUGAGUCCCGAGUCACUUUCUAUAAAAAAACAUUCUUUUCAUGAUCCUGUCCGUAGAUCUUUGUCUUCUUGCGGUUCAGAGAAUAGUGUGGUCAUGGGGAAUAGUGUGGCUGAAAGCAUCAGAAUUGUCGUCUUUUCUGCCAAAAUCAACUUACUAAUACCCUUUGGCCCUUUGGCAAUCGUGGUUGAUAAAUUUUCAGGCCAUAAUGGAUGGGUUUUUAUCUUAAGCUUAUUAGGCAUAAUACCUCUGGCUGAGCGUCUGGGGUAUACUACAGAACAACUGGCUUGCUAUACUGGACCUACGGUUGGAGGGCUCCUGAAUGCUACUUUUGGAAAUGCAACUGAGUUGAUAAUUUGUGUUUAUGCCUUAAGGAGUGGCAUGAUUCGAGUUGUUCAACAGUCUUUGUUGGGUUCAAUUUUGUCAAAUAUGUUGCUAGUGCUUGGAUGUGCUUUCUUUGCUGGAGGACUUGCAAAUUCUAAGAGGGAACAAGUCUUUAGUAAGGGAGCAGCAACAAUGAGCUCUGGCUUGCUGUUAAUGGCAGUCAUGGGCCUGUUGUUCCCGGCUGUCCUCCACUCUACACACACAGAAUUGCAUUUUGGAAAGUCUGAGUUGUCCCUAUCUAGGUUUACUAGCUGCAUUAUGCUUGUGGCGUAUGCUGGUUAUCUUGUUUUUCAACUGAAAAGCCAGAGUAAUUUAUAUCAUCCAGUUAGUGAGGGAGAUGGACAAAUAGAUGUGCCUUCGAAUGAUGAUGAAGAGGCUCCCGAGAUCUCUAAGUGGGAAUCAAUAGUUUGGCUAUCUAUUUUGACUGCAUGGAUUUCUGUCCUUUCAGAAUAUUUGGUGGAUGCUAUUGAGGGGGCCUCUCUUAAAAUGCACAUCCCAGUGGCAUUUAUCAGCGUCAUUCUUCUACCAAUUGUUGGCAAUGCAGCUGAGCAUGCAGGUGCGGUUAUGUUUGCCAUAAAAGACAAGCUGGAUAUAUCUUUGGGAGUUGCUAUAGGCUCAUCUACCCAGAUAGCAAUGUUUGGGAUUCCAUUUUGUGUGGUUGUAGGGUGGAUAAUGGGGCGUCCAAUGGACUUAAAUUUUCAACUUUUUGAGACAGCCACACUUUUCAUUACUGUUCUUGUUGUAGCCUUCAUGGUGCAGGAGGGAACAUCAAAUUACUUUAAAGGACUUAUGCUUGUUCUUUGCUAUGUUAUUGUUGCCGCAAGUUUCUUUGUACAUCUAGACCCUACUGCAAUUGCGGAUAAGCACCCGAAACCUAGUAAUUGAAAUGGAUGAUUGAUGACAAUCUUAAGAUCAAUUUCCUGCAAAGAAGGCAUUGAUAAUUAUCAUACUGUAGUCUUAUAGUUCAGCCAAACCUAGAAUGCUCUAUGAAUAUGGAUCUUUCAAAGCAUAAGUUUUACUCAUCCAUGUUUGAUUUUUUAAAUGGUAACUCUGAUAUGGUGUUCUUCAAUGAAAUGCUUUGACUGUAAAACGGGCGAAUGCACCUCCUUGAAAGAUGUUUGCUUGAUAUAGGUUAUAGUUUCAUGUUAACAGCCAGAGAAUUGGAAUAAAAAAAGUGAUUUUUGUGGAGAUUUUUCAAUAUUUUAUUCCUUUUUUUUGUUGGACAUAAUAUGUAUGGCUUGUAUAUAAACAGUGAUGAUGAGUCUUUUUACUCACUAUGUUACAUAUCAAAUAUGAAAAUAAAUAUUUUCUUAUGUCUUGGAUA